GCUGGAGCUACCUUAGUAUGGGCUUGGGCCAUCUCAGACAGCUGCCAGUCUUACCAUCACAGACUCCUUCACCGCCCUCUGCUUCGCCUUCUUCAUCCUGGCCAUGGACCUCCUCGCCCGUGUGAUCUUCAGCAUAGCCGUGUUGACGUUGGCGAGAGGGGUAAGGUUCAUACCCCCGCCCCCCCUCAUCACGGACGAGCCUUACUUCGACUCUUCCAUGUUGGUGAAUCAGACAGCACACGUGGGGAGGCAGGCGGAGCUACACUGUCGCGUCCACUCCAUCGGGAACAGAAUGGUGUCAUGGAUCCGAGGGCGGGACCUGAGGAUCCUGACGGUGGGGCGCUACACCUACACGACAGAUCUUCGCUACGAGGCGCUGCACCAGAACGGAACCAACCAGUGGACUCUGAGGAUCCGGUCAGCCCAGCCACGAGACCAGGGGACCUACGAGUGUCAAGUUAGCACCAAGCCCGUCAAGACCUUCACAACCUACCUGAGGGUGCUUGAACCCCGCGGGGAGAUCCUCGGCGCACCGGACCUCUACGUGCAGAAGGGCAGCAUGAUCAACCUGACGUGUGUGCUGCAGGACCUGCCUGAGCCGCCUCUGUACGUGCGGUGGUACCACAGCAACUUGUUCUACAGCAACCGGCACAUCAGCUACAGCAGCAGUCGUGGGGGCGUGUCCAUAAUCGUCGAGAAGGGCCCCACCACCAUCAGUUACCUGCUAAUUACCUCGGCCCGCGUGGAGGACAACGGCGUGUACAGCUGCGUCGCCUCCAACCACAGCGCCACCUCCGUCACGCUGCAUGUCCUCAAUGGAGAGUAUCCAGCGGCCAUGCAGACCAAUAAGGGUUCUCCUUCCUCCAAAAGCUCCCUCCUCCUGCUAGCCGCGGUUGUCGCCAGGAUACUGUGCCUAGGCUGGCUAGAGGGCACCUAGGCACACUGCGGAGUGGAUUCACACUGCCACUGAUGUGUCGCUCAGCCACUUCGUCUGACCAGCCAGCCAAGUCUCCAUGAAUCUCAUCUACAUUUCCGUGGUGCCGUGGGUGCCGGCACCACAUGGGGUGCUGGGCGGCUGUGUUCACACACCAAACCGGGAGCGAUGGCCAAGGAAGUUCACCAUCCAGGCUGCUGCUGUUGGCGGGCCUUGCCAUGCCUCUACUUGGUGUCCCUGCCUGAGACUUCCUCACUCAGAAAAAAAAAUAUCGAAGCCUAGGAGCUGUGGGUCUUUCGAAGUGGAUAUUGCUUGAAACUUCUUUUUUUGACUGUGAAUCUUAACAAUAUCAUACUUUAUACAAUCUUCGACGACGUUUCAAUUUAACUACUGUGUUUAUAU